UCAUCACCACCUCAUUCAUAAUACUCGUACACACCCAGCACUAUGAACUCUAAUGACAGUGGCGGUGCCGCCAACAGCCGCAACGACCAUCUCAGCGUCCACGGAGACGAAGUGCCUCCGCCGCCAUACUCAGAGACCGACGUCUACAGCAGCGUGGGCGGCUCUCGCUCUCCUCACUCGGCAUCAGCAUCAUCAGUAACCGCAUCGGCAACAGCAGCUCCGGCAACACCAUCACACAGCUUCAUUGACGAUGCUGCGUCGUCCACUGCGGGUGACACCAUUUACACGCCUCCUCUGACUCCUCGAACCUCGCCUGGCUCUGCGCAGCCUGCAGCCCAGCUCUACUUUGACCUGAGGCCGGCUCCCCAGCGUGAUUCGAUCCCAGGCACUCUCCUCGUUCAUACUAUUGAAGUAAACGAUGUCUCCCAGCCUGAUGAUUUUCCUUACCAGAGUGAUUGGGCGGCGCGAGAUGUCACUGCUCUGGAUUGGUCUACCUUUAUCAAUUUCCUGAUUCCUGAUCAUACGACAAGGCAGAAUGAAGUUGUCAUUCAUAGAAAGCUGCUCGAUGAGAUGCAAUCAGAAUCUGGCAGAACCAACGACAGCACAGCUCGAGUAGAGGCUCAACUCAACCAGAUUGCCGACGCAGGCAAUCCCGCCAAUCCUGGCUCUCUUCAACGGAGGAGAGAUGUUGAAGCCACCGUCCUGCAGUGGAACGAUGGCUUCUUUGGCCCUCGAGGCAUCCAAGUCCGCCUCGAGCCCCAGAGAACCCCCUCGGCGCAGAUGCCCGGUACCUGGGAAACCAACUUUGACCAGACAUCGGAAGCUGGUCGAUCUACCCAGUCUUCGCAGACUGCGGGCCGCUCAGCUCCGGCCGGUGGUAGUUCAUGGGGUGGUUUUCAGAUCGAUGACAACGGUGUUCGGUAUGGCAACAGCUUUGUGGCGGAUCAAAAUGGUUUGCGCAUUGGGAGUUUGGUCAUGGAUCAGCACGGCGUUCGGUUUGAGAACAGCGCAGCACAAGGCCAGCAACAGCCAGCUGCUGCUGCUGACCGAGAUAUUCGCGGUCGAACAGCCUACCAAUACGGCUGUGAUGAAAAAAGGGACCACAAGCGUUCUAGCUCGGCCUCUUCCUCAUCGUCGUCUUCUUCUUCGAGCUCUGAAUCAUCCAUUGGGUCCCUUCCCAGCUACGAUGAUGUUCCUCUCAGCUCCAUACAGCUUUACAUAAACCGACUCCAAGAUUGGACCAAACACCCUGACCAGCUCCGCACCAAGGGCGACGUCAAGCAGCUAAAGGCUGAACUUAAGAGCGUCCCCAAGUGUCGGGAUGCAUCCAUUGAGGUGGAUAAGAGAGCUCUCAAGGCACAAAUCAAGACGUUGACGGCUGCUUGGAAACAGAUUAAGAAAAACCAGAGAAAGGAGCGCAGGGCCCGCAACAAGGAGCGCCGCGACAAGAAGAGGGCAGAGCGGAAAGAGAAGAGGCAACAUAGAAAAGAGAUGAGAAAGGCACGAAAAGAAGCCCGGAGAGGCGUCAGCACUCCCGUUCCCCCCGUGCCGCCGCCCCCUUGUAUCCCUCCGCUGCCGCCGCAUGGUCCUGGGAACAUGGUGCCUCCUGUGCCUCCCGUUCCUCCGGUGAAUACCCCAGGAUGGACGACUGGCACUCCAGGAUGGACGACUGGCACCCCAGGAUGGACCGGCAGCUUCCCAUGGGGCCGCCCCAACCACCACGGGAGAGGAGGCAGGGGACACUAUCAUUAUCAUCCUGGUCCGCCCCGAGGCGGAGGCUGGGGGUCAUGGACUAAUAAUCCCCAAGCCCCUAAUGGUAGAGGCUUCCCGGGCGAGAACGGCAUGUUUGGGCCACGCGGCAUGUUUGGUCCUGAUGGAGCAUUUGGUGAAAAGGGCUUCUUUGGAAGUGAUGGUCCGUUUGGCCCGAAUGGUUUCUUCGGACCUGGCCAAGAGCAGCAACAAAAGCAGCAGCAGCAGCAGCAGCAGCAGCAGCAGCAGCAGCAACAAAGGCAACAACAAGAGCAACAAAGGCAACAACAAGAGCAACAAAGGCAACAAGAGCAGCAGAGGCAGCAACAAGAACAACAGAGGCAGCAGCAGCAGCAGCAAACCAAUGCCUUAUCUGCCCGCUCCGUGCCCGGCUCCUGGCCCGACGAGAAAAAGCAGCGGCCAAACUGGCUCCCGCACGACGACGAGCAAAUGCCCCCUCCCGGCCCAAGAGCACUGGCAAAGUACCGCGCCAUGGAGGGUCUCGAAACGGCCAUCCAGCAGCAGGUUUACAUGGUGGAGAACGCCGGGCCGGGUUUCCAGAAGGAGGGGCUGGAGAGGGCGAUUGCGCAGAUGAGGAAGAAGCUGGAGAUUUUGAGGGUCGAGGCUGAUGAGGAGUAUGCCAAGGAAUUGAGUGGGAACUGAGGUAUAUUGUAUAAAAGAUUGGGUUUUUUGGGGGGGUUGCUUAAUGAACAUGUAUAAGAAGGAUACUGCCUAUCUAGCGUUGGAUGUUUUUUUGAUACCAAAGGAAAUAUUUGUUUUACCAUAGUCACUAUAAAAAAAGAAGAAUGUCACUCAG